AUGGAGCAAUCGGCGCUGCGGGCGCAGGAACGCUGGGAUCAGGUCGCAAAUAACUUCGAUCUGCUGUUCGCCAGGGUCGACGACAUCCUCGGCACUCAGAUCAAGUUAGAAGCGCAGUACGAUAUGACAACCAAGGUGGUCGAACAGAUGAUGAAGGAUCAACAGGUGUUGGCACAACAAGUCGAGAUUACGGGACAAGCAGUGGCUCGAUUGACGCUGAACUCCACAAGGCCGCCCGUCGGCGAGCCACCAAGCCCCACGGCCUCUGAAGCUUCCACAGGCAACCCGUUUCAUCACGGUCCCCAAGUGGAGGAAAAGUUUGGGGCUGCUGAUUACAGGGAUGCUAUGGGGGAACUGCUUGAGCUGACUCAGACAACCACUGUAGAGCAGUAUGCUGCUGAUUUUGAAAACUUGCAGUAUGAAAUCUGCAUGCACAAUGAAUGGUUUGAUGAUUUGUUCUUUGUGUCUCAAUUUGUUAAAGGCCUCAAGUAUGAAAUUGGAGCUGUGGUCCAGUCACAACUUCCUCAGACCAUGGAUAGAGCAAUUUUGUUGGCUAAAGUGCAACAGCAAGUUCUGGAAAAGGGCAAGACUAGACUUCAGAAAUCUUCUAUUCCUACCAGGCAACAUUCUUGGUCACCUAGACAAGAGUCUAAGACCAAUGUUCCUACCCCAUCUAUGUCUAAGGAAAGAGUACUGCUGAAUUACAGAAAAUCCAACAAUCUCUGUUAUUAUUGUGGAGAGAAAUAUGAUCCUGCACAUGCUGCUACCUGCGCCCAAAGGCCCAAAGCUCAAGUCAAUGCACUUGUGGUGAAUGAUCUAGAUAUGCCCCUCUCUGAGGAAGUGGUUGCCCAGCUGGAGUUAGAAGAUUCUCUCACCAGUGAAUUUGGGCAGUUAUCCCUAAAUGCUUUAGCUGGGACAGAUCAAGGGCAGACACUGAAACUUAGAGCUCUGGUGAAAAAACAAAGUCAUGCUUGCUUUGGUGGACAGUGGGAGUACACACAGUUUUAUCACUGGGUUCCACAACUUUCUUGGUGGUGUGAUGGUUUCACUUUACAUACUGAUAUGAAAGUGCUGGACAUAGGUGCUUUUGAUGCUAUAUUGGGCUUUGAUUGGUUACAGAAAAACAGUCCUAUGACUUAUGAUUGGGAGAACAAACUCAUUCAGUUCACACAAGGAGGUCAUGAUAUCAGGUUGCAGGGCAUUAAACGACAAGAUUCUGAGAUUUCACAAUUACCUGCUGAUAAAUUGUUUAAGUGGUGGAAGGGCAAUGAUGUUUGGGCUAUGGUGAUGCUAGUUCCUGAGGUUCAACCUAUCCAUUCAGAUGUUUGUCACCAGGUGGAAAAGCUGUUGGAUAGAUAUCAGGAGAUAUUUCAGGACCCCAAGAAGUUACCUCCUGAGAGAGCUUAUGAUCACACUAUACCAUUGCUUCCCAUGGCUAUUCCAGUUAAUGCUCGGCCAUAUAGGUACUCUCCUUUGCAUAAGGAUGAGAUUGAGAGACAGGUGAGAGAAAUGUUGGAUGCUGGGUUGAUAAUCCCGAGUACCAGUCCUUUUGCAUCUCCUGUACUAUUGAUUCAGAAGAAAGAUGGGAGUUGGAGGUUUUGUGUGGAUUACAGACGGUUGAAUGACAUGACCAUUAAGAAUAGAUUUCCUAUGCCUCUUAUUGAAGAAAUCAUAGAGGAGUUGGCUGGGAGCUACUACUUCACCAAGUUAGACAUGAAAUCUGGUUAUCACCAAGUUAGAAUGAAACAAGGAGAUGAAUAUAAGACAGCUUUCAAAACCCAUCAUGGUCAUUAUCAGUUCAAAGUCAUGCCAUUUGGUUUGACCAAUGCCCCAGCAACCUUUCAGUGCAUCAUGAAUGACGUGCUGGCCCCUUUCCUGAGAAAAUUUGUAAUGGUAUUCCUAGAUGAUAUAUUGAUAUACAGCCCAGACUUGGAUAGCCACUUGGCUCACCUGGAGCAGGUGCUAGAGAAUUUGAAAACCAACCAACUUUACUUGAAGAAAAUCAAAUGUUCUUUUUCUCAAGAACAAGUGGAAUAUCUUGGACAUGUGAUUUCAGGGAGAGGAGUUGCUACUGCUAGUGACAAAAUAGAAGCCAUGCUGCAAUGGCCUGUUCCCAAAACUGUCACUGAUGUGCGAGCAUUUCUGGGAUUAACUAGGUAUUACAGACGAUUUGUUAAGGAUUAUGGUUGCAUUGCUAAACCAUUAACUCAGUUGUUGAAGCACAAACAGUUUCAGUGGUCUCCUGCUGCCCAUGUUGCUUUUGAACAACUGAAACAAGCUAUGGUUAGUGCCCCGGUCUUAGCCCUGCCUGAUUUUAAGGAGAUUUUUGUGGUAGAAACAGAUGCAUCAGACAUUGGAAUUGGUGCCGUACUUAUGCAAAAAGACAGACCAAUUGCUUUCUUGAGUAAGGCUUUUGGUGGCUCACACAAGCAUAAAUCCAUCUAUGAAAAGGAGUUCCUUGCCCUGAUCAUGGCAGUAGAGAAGUGGAGGCAAUACUUACAACGGCAAGAAUUCAUCAUUAGAACAGAUCAUCAAAGUUUAGCUUAUUUGACUGAGCAGAAUCUACAUUUUGAGUUGCAAAGAAAGGCGAUGACACGUCUUAUGGGGCUACAAUUCAAGGUGUUGUACCGCAAAGGCAAGGACAAUUCAGCCGCGGAUGCACUUUCUAGGGUGGGUCAUUUGAUGGCCAUACAGGCCAUGUCUUCUGUUCAACCACAAUGGAUACAAGAAGUAACAAAUUCUUAUGUUACUGACAAGGAAGCACAAGAUUUAUUAGCUCGUUUGACCUUGGUCAAUCCUGAUAUUCAUGGAUUUUCCUUGGAUCAUGGGAUCAUUAGGCAACAUGGCAAGAUUUGGGUAGGGCACAACUCAGCUGUUCAGACCAGGAUCAUAGCUGCUAUGCAUGCAAGUCCUGUGGGGGGACAUUCGGGACAGAAAGCCACCUUCCAUAGGGUCAGCAAUAUGUUUGCUUGGAAAGGGCUGAAGCGAGAUGUGGUCAAUUUUGUGCAACAAUGUGGUGUUUGUCAACAAGCCAAGCAUACUCACACUCAUCCAGCGGGUCUAUUACAACCUCUUCCUAUUCCUGAAGGAGUCUGGAGGGACAUUUCAUUGGAUUUUGUGGAAGUUGCCAAGGUACUGUAUGAUCAAGUGAUCAAGUUACACGAGUUUGUUAUUGAUCGUCAGUUGCAGUGUGGGUUACUGCGCGACCAACUGGCGCGUGCUCAACUUCGCAUGAAGCAAAAUGCAGAUCGCAAACGCACAGAUGUGGAGUUUUCGGUGGGCGACCAAGCUUUGCUGAAGUUGCAACCGUAUGUUCAGACCUCAGUUGCCAGUCGUCCAUUCCCAAAGUUGGCACUGAAGUACUACGGCCCCUUCGAGGUUCUGGAGCGAGUAGGCGCGGCAGCUUACAAGCUAGCACUUCCACCUGACAGUCUCAUCCACCCUACCUUCCAUGUGUCGCAACUUAAACCUUUUCGUCCAGAUUUCACACCAGUAUACUCUACUCUUCCUUCUUCUGUGGAUUUACAUUCUAUUGAAUUAGAACCUGAGCAGUGUAAAUUUGGGGAUGAUAGGGGGGCAGGCCCCUGCCCGCCCCCCGUCUCCGCCCCUGGCCACGGGGCAUUACACCUGGAGAAGACCACCGUCAUCGCCGACGGCACGGCAACCAUCAGGGUCGGUAGCCAGCUCUUCGCUUCCUGA